AUGGCAUCUACUGUAACCAGUUCAGUUCCUACCACUGCAUCUCGUUUCGCUUUAUUACAAGUCGAAAGCGAUACCGAUUCAGAGCAUGGAAAAGCAAAAAGUGGCCAAGGUGCCAAUAAGUCUCAGGGUCCAGGGGGAAGAUUGUCUACAAAUGAGAAAAAAAGAAAGAAAAGGAGAGAAAAGAAAGAACAGCAGCAGAGUGAGACCAAUGAGCUGAGAAACCUUGCUUUUAAAAAGAUUCCUCAGAAAUCCUCACAUGGAGGCUGUCUAUCUCAGCAUGAACAGAAACUGCACACUGCAAUGCAGAAGGACUCUCAGGAAGAAAACUGGCAGGAGUGGAGACAGAGAGACGAGCAGCUGACAUCUGAAAUGUUUGAAGCUGAUCUUGAAAAAGCAUUGCUGCUAAGCAAACUGGAAUACGAAGAACACAAAAAGGAACAUGAAAACGUUGAAAAUGCUUCACCUCAGGCAAAGUCUGUGAAUAAGAAAAAGAACCAGCAAGGAAAAGACAAACCUCUCACUGUGUCUCUGAAAGACUUUCAGUCAGGCAAUAACCUUGCUAAAAAACAUGAGGAACUGAACUCUUCCCAGUCUUCGUUGCAUGAUGGGGGAUUUUUCAACAGGCUGGAAGACGAUGUUCACAGAGUACUUGAAAGAGAGAAAAGGAGAGUCCAGCUCACUGAUUACAGUGAAACAGAUAACGGCACAUCGCAUGAACACAACCAGGAGAGUGUUUUGAACGAUGAAAAAACAGAACAACUAAAGCUCGAGCUUGAAAAGAAAGAUGCAGAAAUUGAGCAACUGAAAAAUGUAAUAACUCAGUGGCAGGCAAAGUAUAAAGAAGUAAAAGCAAGAAAUGCAAAGCUUCUAAAGAUGAUGCAAGAAGGUGAAAUGAAAGACAAAGCAGAAAUACUCCUACAGGCUGAUGAAUCUCAAAUUAUCAGAAAUGAAUUGACUGUACAGGUAACUAUACUUCAUGCUGCGUUAGAGCAAGAAAGAUCCAAAGUGAAACUGCUGCAGGCAGAAUUAAUGAAGUAUCAGAGUGGUAGAAAAGGGAAAAGGCAUUCAGAAUCUGACCAGUGCAAGUGA